CUCAAGAAUUUCAUCCGACAUGGUAUGCCCCUCCAUCCUCUGUCAUUCCUUCUGUCAUCAUUUCUUUUGCCUGCUGUUUCCCAUUCUGCCUACCGAUUUGGGUUAUUUUACUGUUCGGUGUGUUGUACUUGCCUCUCUCCCUCGUGGCUCCUUCUACCUCGCACACACAUAUUACCUAACAAAGAAUUCUAUUAUUCGGUCCUACAAUUUUGAUUUUCUACUUCUUUUACAAUCUUCUUGAUUUUUCUACACACUGGUUUUCCUCAACUCUUCUCAACCUAUCCCAUAUCCGAUCUACUACAAUUGACUUUAUGUCCAUGCACAUGUCCCACUAACAUCAUUUAUUCCAAAUAGGCAAGCAAGCCAGGGUGACCAACUACGACGAGCCUCCUCGGAAACAUGAAUAUUCUGCCCAACAGAGAGACGCGCAACAAAAAGCAGCCAUGGGACACGUAAGCGAACCCGGCAACACAGCCGGAAAUCCAAAGCGCAACAGCGUUCCCGAAACCUAUUCCGCUCAACCUGGAGAUGUCCAAAAUCAAAAUCGCGUCGCGCAAGCCGAUGCCGUUGCUGCCCACCAUGCUGAGGCCAACCAGGGUGUCUCAGGGUCCCAUUCUAGCAGGAGUAGGAGCAGAGCAGGAGAUGCCCACGCCGCCAAGAUCGUCCAAGAGGAGAACGAAAAUAGGAAUAAGUUUCCCAAGUAUCCUGGCCUGGAACGGUGGGAACUGGUGGAGAAAAUGGGAGACGGCGCUUUCAGCAAUGUUUACCGAGCACGAGAUUUGAAGGGCAAUGCUGGUGAGGUUGCUAUCAAGGUCGUCCGAAAAUUCGAAAUGAACAACAUGCAGGGCAAUAAGCAUUUACAUCCGGAUUUCAAGAAGGUUCCGAAGGCAGCAGAGAGAGCAAACAUAUUGAAGGAGGUUCAGAUCAUGCGCCAACUUGACCACCCGAAUAUCAUUAAGCUCGUUGACUUUUCGGAAUCGAAACAAUAUUACUACAUUAUUCUCGAACUAGCGCCCGGUGGAGAAUUAUUCCACCAAAUUGUGCGCCUCACCUAUUUCAGUGAAGAGCUCUCAAGACACGUCAUUGUACAAGUUGCAAAAGCCCUAGAAUACCUCCAUGAGGAGAAGGGCGUCGUACAUCGUGACAUCAAACCCGAAAACAUUUUGUUCAGUCCAAUACCAUUCGUUCCAUCAAAGCAUCCGAAACCGAAGCAACCUGGAGAUGAAGAUAAGGUCGACGAAGGCGAAUUUGUGAAGGGAUUGGGGGCCGGGGGAAUUGGUCAGAUCAAGAUCGCGGAUUUUGGUCUGUCGAAGAUCGUAUGGGAUAAUCAAACUAUGACGCCAUGUGGCACUGUCGGGUAUACGGCACCCGAGAUAGUGAAGGAUGAACGUUACUCAAAAUCUGUCGAUAUGUGGGCCUUGGGUUGCGUGUUAUACACGCUGUUAUGUGGAUUUCCCCCAUUCUACGACGAGAGUAUCGAGGUUCUGACGGAGAAGGUUGCCAAGGGCCAAUACACCUUCCUGUCGCCUUGGUGGGACGAUAUAUCUAAAUCCGCCCAAGAUUUAAUUUCUCAUCUACUUGCCGUCGAUCCUGAUGAACGAUACACUAUCAAAGAAUUCCUAAGCCACCCCUGGAUACAAGCGACCGGUCCUACACCGCGUGACGAGAAGAAACAGGCGAACCCUGACGUUCUUCGCGCAUUUGAUGCUGGACGACUCAUCGAUGGAGAACGUCGCAUGGAUUUCAGGUCCCCUGGUGCUGUCAAUCUUCGAGAGAUCUUCGAUGUUGGAUAUUCCGUGCAUCGGCAAGAGGAAGAGGCCAAGCGUAGGAAGCAAAUCGGUGCAAAGGGGGCUCCUCCGACGCGAUUGGCUGGUCUUGAUGAAGAUUCGGAAGAAGAAAAAUCUGAUCCCGAGUACGUACAUAAGGCCGAAGCGCAACAGCUUGAACAGAGCAUGCGCAAAACGCAUCUGGGCAAAGACCAGGAGCGUGGUCGAGAACGGGAUAGAAAUAUCGACAGGGACCCCCAAAAGGGAUACGGCCAACAUAGCGCUGCCGUGGCCCAGGCCGCUCGACAGCAGGUUCGUGAUCGUAACAAGCAACGAGGGGCGUUCGAACUAAAUCUCGACGGGGCAACAUUACUUGGCAGGCGAGCUGGAAAGGCUCUUCCCACCGCUAGCGUCGGUGGCUUAUAGAACAAGGCAAACGACGAGCGGGCAGACGAAGCCGAGAAGAAACGAGAGCACGAUGGUUGAUGGCAUUAUUUGAUUGACUCGAAGCAAAUGUAGGCCGAGUUAUUCAUGAGGCGCGGAGAAUGGGAUUUUACGGUGUUUCGUGGCGUGCGGCAUAGGUUUGAAUGAGCAACAUGGAGUCGGUCGUGUAUUUUUCAAUGCAUCCGCAACGCUGCACACAUAGGGCCUGGCGUUCCCGGAAUUGAGAUACAUAUGUAUUUCGCCUUUUCUAAAGGGGGUAACUGUACUGCAAGUGAGUGAUACCUGAGACCGUAUUAUCCCUUCAUUCCUCUGAAUACCGAGAGUAGCAGCUUGGGUUAAAUUAGGC